CUGCUGAGUAAGUUCAUUGAUGCCUAGCACCUCAGUGGAAGAUGCUUCUCUUAAUAUUGCUGCUUUACAUUAUUAUUUAUGCUGAGGGAAAAUGUGCAAAGAAUUAUUAUUACGAUGGACUUCUUGAAGAGUGUCAACCUUGCUCCAUUAGAUGCAACUCCCCACCAAAUAUUUGUAAAAGAUUUUGCACCUCAAUCCCAGAAAACGAAGUUGAAAAGAAUCAAAAUAUUCGUGUAAUUUUGAUCGUGUUUUUUGUGUUCCUGGGAGCUUUCACAGCACUGACCAUUAUUCUGCGAGUUAUACGCAGAAAAACCUGUAAGCCCAUCAUGAAAAAAGUGAUAGGUCAAGAUCAAAAGACAUCUGACAGUGAGAGAGGCUCGAAUGUAACAGAGCAAUCUGAAGAUAUGGAUGAAGCUACAACUUAUUUGCCAGAUGGAUUGAACCGACAUCACUACAACUCCAACCUGCCUCUUCCCUCCACUGAGGAAGGCACUACAAUCCUGGUUACCACGAAGACAGUGCAAGCUUACCACUGUACACCUGUCACAUAGGGAGGAGAUCACUGGAACUUUUAUAACAGCGGCAGACUCCGAAAACACUGCACAUCAUCUGGUUUACAGUUAUAAGGAACAUCAUCUCAGCUCUGUCCAGACUGGGUAAAACUUUCAUGACUACUGCAUGGAUGCACUAAUAAUGGACACUGGCCUUGAACUUGAACACAAGGAUGGUUGUGAUGAUUUGACUGUCAGAAGUGGACAUCUGUUUUCUUUAGAUGUAAGAAUUAUGUGUGAAUUUAAAAAAUGUUUCACCAUAUACUUACACUUUUUUUACUUAAUGCAAAACCAGUACAAAUCUAUGUUGUAUCAUUGUUAAAUUAAAAAGUGUUGCUUUAAUAAUGAAGUCUUACUAUUUGUAAAUAUACUUAAAGAAAGUAAAAAAUGCAUGACAUUAAUGUAAUAAAUACUUAAAAGGAUAGUUCACCCAUUUUUUUACUCUGCCAUCAUUUUUCCCCUUAAUUGUUUUCCAAACAAUGUAUGAAACUUUUACCUUCCAAAAUGAUCUGUUAGGCACAAUGAUAGUCUCAGUGAUCAUUUACUAUUAUUAGUGAUCACUGUAUGAGAAAUAAAAAGACCCGUGCAGGUGACGGACAGUUCCUUUUGUGUUUCACUGAAGAAAUAAAGUCAUACAGGUUUGGAACGACACUAGGGUGAAUAAACGAUGACGGA